AUGACAAUCUCAUCCGAGAAAAAACAUGUUGCAGUUUAUGUUUUUCCCUUUGGUAGCCAUCCUGUUGUACUCUUAAACCUUGUCCUCAAACUAGCACAUGCUUCACCAGACAUACUUUUCUCAUUCAUUGGCACCCAACAAUCUAAUCAACCUUUUUUUACAAAACCAAACAUCCCAAAUAGCGUCAAAUUUUAUAGUAUUCAUGAUGGUGUUCCAGAGGGCCAUGUACUUGGUUCCCACCCAGUUGAAAAAGUCGACCUUUUUCUUCAAGCAGCUCAGAAACUCAAUGUUCCAUGGAUUCCUGUUUGGCCUCCUUUAUCAUGCUCUCUCUCAGCACAUUUCUACACUCAUCUUAUACGUCGAAAGUGUGCUGAAAACAAUGCUAAAGAUAGAUCUUUGGAUUUUCUUCCAGGUUUGUCUAAGAUGAGAGUUGGAGAUUUGCCUGAUGAUAUAAUCAACUGUGGUGAAGACGAGACACUAUUCUCAAAAACACUUGCUUCAUAUGGUGAAGUGUUGCCUAAAGCUAAAGCAGUGGUUAUGAAUUUCUUUGAGGAGUUAGAUCUACCUUUGUUUGUUGAAGAUAUGAGAUCAAAGUUACAGAAUAUGCUUUAUGUUGGUUUUCUCACUCUUUCAAUUCCUCUACCACCUUUGCCACCAUCUGAAAGUGAUGAAACUGGUUGUUUAUCAUGGUUGGACAAACAAAAGGGUGAAUCAGUAAUUUAUGUUAGCUUUGGAACUACAGUGACACCACCUCCACACGAGCUUGUGGCAUUGGCAGAAGCAUUAGAAGAAAGUGGAUUUCCAUUUCUUUGGUCACUUAAGGAUAAUUUGAAGGGAGUUUUGCCACAAGGGUUUGUUGAGAGGACUAGUAAUAUUGGAAAAAUUGUUCCGUGGGUGCCUCAAACUCAAGUUUUGGGACAUGAUUCUGUUGGAGUGUUUGUGACACACUCUGGAUGUAAUUCAGUUUAUGAAAGUAUUUGCAAUGGGGUGCCUUUGAUAUGUAGGCCAUUCUUUGGAGAUCAUGUGAUGACUGCAAGAAUGGUGGAAGAUAUUUGGGAGAUUGGUGUGAAGAUGGAAGGUGGAGUGUUUACUAAAAAUGGAUUGUUGAAGAGUUUGAAUCUGAUUCUUGUGAAGGAAGAGGGAAAGAAAAUGAGAGAGAAUGCUCAAAAGGUGAAAAAGACAGUGCUAGAUGUAGCUGGACCAAAUGGUAAAGCAGUGCAGGAUUUCAAGACUUUGGUGGAAUUAAUUUGUCACUAG